AUCUUCCCCCGAGAUGGAUCACACACUGAUCUUUCUUUGGGCACUGCUACUUUCAGCCACAGCAUCUACAGUAUCUGGAGUAACUCCCAUGCCAGGUGAUCUUUCUUCAUCAUCUGAACCUGGAUGUGGUGGCACGUUUUCAGAUGAUACAGGCUCAUUUUUUGGCCCAUAUUAUCUUGGAGACAAUAGAAAUAAAGAGUGUGUCUGGAGAAUUGACUCCCCUGAAAACUAUCCAAUAAGAAUAAACAUUAAUUAUAUAAACUUAGACUGUGCUACUGAAUAUAUUGCUGUCUAUGGGGGAGAACCGCAGAGGUCAGCUCUACUUGGGAAAAUAUGCGAAGGAGAAAGGACAUUUUUCUCUUAUUCAGGCCUGAUGACUUUGGUACUACACAGACAUUCCGAAAAAGAAGGUCAAGGCUUCAUUGCAUUUUAUGAUGUAGGAGAGGAUUUCACAACUCCAUUGCCAAGAGCUAACCUCACAAGUCCCGCUCGUCCUGAAGAACCAACUGUUCCAUCUACUCCUAUCAAAACAACUUUCAUACCAAAAGAGACACCUGCUCCAUCUAGUCCAGCUCCACCUAUCCAAACAACUAUCCAAACAGUUAUCGCAGAAACCGCUGCUCCAUCUAGUCCAGCUCCACCUAUCCAAACAACUAUCCAAACAGUCAUCGCAGAAACUCGUGCUCCAUCUAGUCCAGCUCCACCUAUCCAAACAACUAUCCAAACAGUCAUCACAGAAACCCCUGGUAAAUCUAUAAGACUGGUGAAUGGAAAAAAUACCUGUGAGGGACGUGUUGAAAUCUUUCAUAAUGGAUUGUGGGGAACCGUCUGUGAUGACUUCUGGGACGUAAAAGACGCAACAGUUGUGUGCAAGCAGCUCGAUUGUGGAAAUGCCAUCAGAGCAUUUAGAAGUGCUUACUUUGGUCAAGGCUCAGGAAACAUAACUCUGGAUGAUGUAAAUUGUAGAGGAAAUGAAAGCAGAUUGGAGGACUGUCCUCAUAGAGGAUGGUAUCGUCAUAAUUGCAACCAUGGAGAAGAUGCUGGUGUUUCUUGCUCAGGUAAUACUGCAGUUGCUCCAGAACCAGAAAUACCACCUAGUGAAUCCGUAAGACUGGCCAAUGGAAAAAAUAAAUGUGAGGGACGUGUUGAAAUCUUACGUGGUGGAUUGUGGGGGACCGUCUGUGAUGACUCCUGGGAUCUAAACGAUGCAAAGGUCGUGUGCAAGCAGCUUGGUUGUGGAAGUGCUACCAAAGCACAUGGAAGUGCUUUCUUUGGUCAAGGCUCAGGAAACAUAACUAUGGAUGAUGUGAAUUGUAGAGGGAAUGAAGAAAGAUUGGAGGAAUGUUCUCAUAAAGGAUGGUUCCGUCAUAAUUGCAACCAUGGAGAAGAUGCUGGUGUCACAUGCUCAGGUUUUUCUACACCUGCUCCUCCAGUGACAGAGAUCAUCCCUACAAAUCAAUGUGGAGGCCAGCUGACAAAUGCUGAUGGAUCCUUCUCUGGACCUUAUUAUCCUGGAAACCACACCAAUAUGACCUGUGUCUGGAAAAUUCAAGUGAUGCCCUUUGAUCGCAUAAAUUUAAAGUUCUCUUCUAUCAACUUGAACUGUGAUAAAGAAUAUAUUGACAUUUUUGAUGGACUCCGAUAUAGUUCAUAUCCACUUGGAAGAGCUUGUUCUAGCGCCUAUCUCAACUAUACCUAUUCAUCAACUUCCAACAUAAUGACAAUAGUGCUACAUAGGGAUUCAGGUUAUUCAGGAAAUGGGUUCUCUGCUCGUUACUACUCUAUUCCACAAGAACUGACACCUACUACACCAGCUUCGACUUCUAAAGAGAGAAGACUUUCAUGUGCUGAUGGAUUCAUGCGUGCACAGCUUAGCAUAGCCUACCUCAAUUCAAUCGGCUAUGAUGCAUCACAAGUUUACCUGAACUCCCUAGAUAGAUCAUGUUCAUCUCACAUUUCAGGCGAUUAUGUUUACUUUACUAUACCAUUCUAUGGCUGCAACACGGAGAUAACGGUGAAGAAUGACACGAUAAUUUAUUACAAUGUAAUCAAGACACUCAACUCCGAUUAUAUUAUUACAAGAAAGAAAAACUUUCAAUUUCAUGUUUUGUGUGAAAUGAAGCAGAACACUAUUGUAGAAACAAAGUUUAUUGCCGAAAAUGCUGUUGACAUUACUGAAAGACAUAUUGGCCAUUACAAUGUGUCUCUGGCAUUCUAUUCAUCAUCAUCCUUUACCGAUAAAGUUCUGGGAUCAUCAUACUACGUUUCACUCAAUCAGAAUUUAUAUCUCCAAGCUACUCUGCAUACUGCUGAUCCAAAUAUUGUACUCUUCUUAGACACGUGUAUCGCAUCUCCAGAUAGUAAUGAUUUUAGAACCUUAACCUACGACUUAAUCCGAAGUGGAUGCCCACGAGACUCUACGUAUAGAAGCCUGCCCUCACCAACAAACAAUGUAGUUCGUUUCCAAUUCAACUCCUUUAAGUUCCUUAACAAGCACAAUUCAGUUUACAUACAAUGUAAAUUAGUAGUGUGUAGAGCAGGUGAUCCUUCAUCUAGAUGCCACCAGGGAUGUUUACUGAGAAAAAAGAGAGGCGUGGAUGAAUCUCAGGAGAAGGUUAAUGUUGUUGUGGGACCAUUCAGACUUCUGAAGGAUGAAAAUGAACCACUUACAAUAAUAUCAUUUGUGUUUUUGAAAGGGACACAGGAACUACGCUUAGUAAAUGGAUGGAACAGAUGUGCCGGAAGAUUAGAGGUUUAUUUUAAAGGAAUUUGGGGGACUGUUUGUGAUGACUACUUUAAUCCGAUCAAUGCACAUAUUGUGUGUAGACAACUUGCAUGUGGCAAUGCAACUUAUGUGGUAGGAUGGUCGUACUUUGGCAAAGGAUCAGGGAACAUCAGUCUGGAUGAUGUAAAAUGCACAGGAAAUGAGUCCACCAUCUGGGAUUGUGUUCACGCUGGGUGGUUCAAUCAUGACUGUGGACACAAUGAGGAUGUCGGUGUCAUUUGCUCAGAUGCUGCAUUAUUACCAACAGGCAGUACAAAAAUACCAACCCCAACUCCAUUUGUUACAUCUAAAGACCUUUCUACAACCCCUGUAGAUCUGACUACGCAGGAAAUAAGAGAUUCCACAUAUUUCCCAACUAAAAAAACCUUUGAAACCACCCACCCAGCAACUGAGAAAGAAAUAACACCUACUAUGAGAACUGUAGAAAUGUCAUAUAGAACUACAUCAUCAUCUAAGACUACCCAUUCAAUAACCCAGAACGAAGAAACAGUCAUGCCAAGCUUGGGAGCCACUUCUCAGAGAACUGUAGAAGAGUUGAAAACAUCUGCUCCUACUUCCGUGAUUGAAAAAUCUCUGAGACUGGUGAAUGGAGAAGACAAAUGUCGUGGUCGCAUUGAGGUCUUUUACAAUGGAAGCUGGGGAACAAUUUGUGACGAUGGCUGGGACAUGAAUGACGCACAAGUUGUGUGUAAGCAGCUUGCCUGUGGAGAGGCCCUUCAAGCCCUACCUAAUGCUGCAUUUGGGGAAGGAACUGGCAGCAUCUUCCUGGAUCAGGUCCAAUGCAAAGGGGACGAAUCCUCUCUUGAAGAAUGUUCUCAUAAACCUUGGGGCGUUCAUGACUGUCGCCACAAAGAAGAUGCUGGGAUCAUUUGCUCAGGUCCUGCUGUCACCACAUCACCACCUGAUCUCUCUACACCCUCUGCUAAGAUGACUACUCAGGGAAUAAAAGAAAAAUCUCUGAGACUGGUGAAUGGAGAAGAGAAAUGUCAUGGUCGUAUUGAGGUCUUUUACAAUGGAAGCUGGGGAACAAUUUGUGACGAUGGCUGGGACAUGAAUGACGCACAAGUUGUGUGUAAGCAGCUUGCCUGUGGAGAGGCCCUUCAAGCCCUACCUAAUGCCGCAUUUGGGGAAGGAACUGGCAGCAUCUUCCUGGAUCAGGUCCAAUGCAAAGGGGACGAAUCCUCUCUUGAAGAAUGCUCUCAUAAACCUUGGGGCGUUCAUGACUGUCGCCAUAAGGAAGAUGCUGGGGUCAUUUGCUCAGGUCCUGCUGUUACCACAUCACCACCUGACCUUUCUACAUCCUCUGCCAAGCUGACUACACAGGGAAUAAGAGAAAAAUCUCUGAGACUGGUGAAUGGAGAAGAGAAAUGUCAUGGUCGCAUUGAGGUCUUUUACAAUGGAAGCUGGGGAACAAUUUGUGACGAUGGCUGGGACAUGAAUGACGCACAAGUUGUGUGUAGGCAGCUUGCCUGUGGAGAGGCCCUUCAAGCCCUACCUAAUGCCGCGUUUGGGGAAGGAACUGGCAGCAUCUUCCUGGAUCAGGUCCAGUGCAAAGGGGACGAAUCCUCUCUUGAAGAAUGUUCUCAUAAACCUUGGGGCAUUCAUGACUGUCGCCACAAGGAAGAUGCUGGGGUCAUUUGCUCAGGUCUUGCUGUCACCACACCAACACCUGACCUUUCUACAACCUCUGCAGAUCUGACUACACAGAAAAUAAGAGAGCUUUCUACAACCUCCACAGAUCUGACUACACAGCAAGUAAGAGAAAAAUCUCUGAGACUGGUGAAUGGAGAAGACAAAUGUCGUGGUCGCAUUGAGGUCUUUUACAAUGGAAGCUGGGGAACAAUUUGUGAUGAUGGCUGGGACAUGAAUGACGCACAAGUUGUGUGUAAGCAGCUUGCCUGCGGAGAGGCCGUCCAAGCCCUACCUAAUGCUGCGUUUGGGGAAGGAACUGGCAGCAUCUUCCUGGAUCAGGUCCAGUGCAAAGGGGACGAAUCCUCUCUUGAAGAAUGCUCCCAUAAACCUUGGGGCAUUCAUAACUGUCGCCACAAGGAAGAUGCUGGGAUCAUUUGCUCAGGUCCUGCUGUCACCACACAAACACCUGAGCUUUCUACAACCUCUGCAGAUUUGACUACACAGAAAAUAAGAGAAAAAUCUCUGAGAUUGGUGAACGGAGAAGACAAAUGUCGUGGUCGCAUUGAAGUCUUUUACAAUGGAAGCUGGGGAACAAUUUGUGACGAUGGCUGGGACAUGAAUGACGCACAUGUCGUGUGUAGGCAGCUUGCCUGCGGAGAGGCCUUCCAAGCCCUACCUAAUGCUGCGUUUGGGGAAGGAACUGGCAGCAUCUUCCUGGAUGAGCUGAAGUGCAAUGGGGAUGAAUCCUCUCUUGAAGAAUGCUCCCAUAAACCUUGGGGCGUUCAUAACUGUCGUCACAAGGAAGAUGCUGGGGUCAUUUGCUCAGGUAAUCUGACUUGCUCAAUUUUCAAACUGGUGAAUGGAGAAGACAAAUGUCGUGGUCGCGUUGAGGUCUUUUACAAUGGAAGCUGGGGAACAAUUUGUGACGAUGGCUGGGACAUGAAUGACGCACAUGUCGUGUGUAGGAAGCUUGCCUGCGGAGAGGCCAUCCAAGCCCUACCUAAUGCCGCAUUUGGGGAAGGAACUGGCAGCAUCUUCCUGGAUGAGCUGAAAUGCAAAGGGGACGAAUCCUCUCUUGAAGAAUGCUCCCAUAAACCUUGGGGCGUUCAUAACUGUCGCCACAAAGAAGAUGCUGGGGUCAUUUGCUCAGGUAAUCUGAACUGCUCAGUUUUCAAACUGGUGAAUGGAGAAGUCAAAUGUCGUGGUCGCGUUGAGGUCUUUUACAAUGGAAGCUGGGGCACAAUUUGUGACGAUGGCUGGGACAUGAAUGACGCUGAAGUUGUAUGUAGGCAGCUUGCCUGUGGAAAGGCCAUCCAAGCCUUACCUAAUGCUGCAUUUGGGGAAGGAACUGGCAGCAUCUUCCUGGAUGAGCUGAAGUGCAAUGGGGACGAGUCCUCUCUUGAAGAAUGCUCCCAUAAACCUUGGGGUGUUCAUAACUGUCGCCACAAAGAAGAUGCUGGGGUCAUUUGCUCAGGUCCUGCUGUCACCACAUCAGCACCUAAAACAGUUUCCCUUACAACAAAGAAUCCCAUUACACUUACUCCCACAAGAAAUACAUCAAAAGUACCAGUGCAAACAUUAUGCAUGCACAUAUUCUUUUGUGUCUUUAAUAUGUUGCAUUGUAGAACUUCCAAUAUACUGUUUUAUUUAAGCAAAUGCAUUUUUCAAAGGUUUUUUUUUUAUGUUAGAAGUUUUUCUGGUGUACUCCCUAAAAUAACCUCCCUUUUUUUUGCAUUUAAGAUUAUUUUCAGCUCUAAUGUUAAAUUAUAUUUGCUCUAUUUAUUACCAGUUCGGGCACUAACUACUCAGAAUCCAACUACUAGACCUGUUCCUGCAGUAACCACACCUCAUCCGAUUAUUCCAGCAUCAAAAUCUAUAGCUUUUCCUAACACUAAGAAGCCCACUCCUUCUGGCAAGUGUCUCUAUGGCUGCAAACUCACAGGUCCUUCAGGUUCAUUUUCAAGUCCAUUCUAUCCUUCAAACUACCCAAUGAAUUCUUACUGUGUUUGGGACAUAGAGGUAGAAGAAAGACGUCAUGUAGAACUCAGAUUCAAAGAUUUCAGAGUGGAAAUUACCAGAUUCUGCACGGUUGAUUUUGUGGAGAUCUUUGAUGGCCCUUUCUCAACAUCUCCUUCAUUUGGAAAAAUCUGUUGGACUCCACGAAAGAUAUACAUAUCCUCAUCAAACAAAAUGAGAAUUGUAUUUAUAAGUGAUUCUAGCAUGAGUGAAAGAGGCUUUCUUGCACACUAUCGAGAAGUGCCUCCAAGGAAAACUGUGAUUCCAACCUUGCCGCCGCCACCACCACCAACUACCACAGUAGCCACGAUAGCCAAACGGAAUACAACAUGUGUGAAAACGCUGAUGAGAAAUUUUCAAGCAAUGCCAAUUCAACUCAACGCAAGUGAAAACUGCAUCUGGGAAAUAAAGGGAGAAAGGGAUACAAACCAAACCAUUCGACUAAUUUUUUCUUACGUCGAAUUCAACUGUUUUAGGAAGAAUAUGCCAUACUCAAGACUCAGCAUUUCACUCAUCAUCUUCAGCUUUAACGUUUCGCAUAUCAACGGGCUCCACAAAUUUUACACGAAAGAUCCAUGCAUUUUAUUACUAUAUUUUACCAGACACACGCUAGAAAUGGAUGGCCACUGCAGAUAUGAUUUUCUUGCCAUUUUUGAUGGUCCAACGUCCGAUUCUCCUUUAAUCAAAAAACUGUGUGGUCUUUCAGCUCCAACAUUUAAGUCUUCAUCUAACGCUAUGACAAUCGUGAUGUCUACGGACUAUGCUAAUUCUUACAGGGGCUUUUCAGCUCGCUACACAACUACACCAAUAUCACAACCAAACAGUAAGUCCAAUGAGGCUGUAAUAACUGAUUUAUACUACUAUUCUAUUUUUUUCCUUUUGCUGUUAGCAUCCCUCAGUUGUUCUUCAGACAGGAUGACAAUUACUCUCAGCAAAUUUUACUUGGCUUCACUCAACUAUAAUGCAAGUUUCUUACAUCUGAAUGACCAAACUUGCAAGCCUAUUUCUUACAACCCAGUGGUAUUUUCUUUUCCAAUCAACAGCUGUGGAACAAUUAAAAAGACUGAAGGUCAAAGCAUCUCAUACAGCAAUAUUGUAACUGCCUUGCCAGCAGGCAAUGUGAUCAGCCGCCAAAAGAAAGUUGAAAUUGUUGCAAAAUGUAUAAUGGAAAACAAUUCAACAGUAGAAGUUGUAUAUGUAACAGAAAGUGAAUAUUUAGACAAUACAACGAGUGUAGGUAGAUACAAUCUCAGCAUGUCGUUCUAUGAAACAGAGUCCUUCUCCAAACCAGUAUUUGAAACUCCCUACUUUGUUGACUUGAACCAAAUGCUCUAUGCACAGAUCAGCCUACAUUCCAGUGAUCCAAAUCUGGUAGUGUUUGUGGAUACUUGCACUGCAUCUCCAGAUCUUAAUUCUAAAUCACCAAAAUAUGAUUUAGUUAAAACUGGAUGCACUAAGGACGACUCUUUUAUGGCCUAUCCCAUCCUUGAGCAUUAUGGAAGAUUCAGGUUCAAAUCCUUCAGAUUUCUAAAACAUCACCCAUCAGUUUAUCUUCACUGUGAAGUUUUAAUUUGUGACAGCAAGGAUUCCAAUUCUCGCUGCACCAAAGGUUGCAUUUCUCGGCAUAAGAGAGAGAUUCCCUCCUACAAAUGGAAAGGCGAUGCAGUGUUUGGACCCCUCAGACUGAAAAGAGAAGAAAGUUCCAUGGAUCGCUCAGGUGAGAAUGUUUUAUUGGAAUUGAUUAAUUAAUUUCAUUGGAAAUUGUUUAAGAGCACUUUCAGUAUUAUAAAUAGCAAUCAGAGCACACUACCACUGAACUGCAGAUAAGCAGAAUGCCAGUGCCAUCAUCUCUACCCAGUCAAUCAAAAUACUGGUUUAAAAAAAAGGAAAUUUAUAGCCAACAAUUUUCCAAAUUUUAUUUUAAAAGUAUUGUUCCAUGAUUUUGGAAUUUGUGAAGACCUUUUAACCUCCUUUUGUCUUCUGUUUUUUAUAUUCAGCAAUUUCUAGUGAAGUUUAUCCAGA